CGGGCUGUCCUCGGCGCCGCCUGAUCGCACUGGGGGGGACUCGCCGCAUCUGCCUUUCGCGGGGACGCGUGGUGCUUCGGCGCGUGGACAUCGGAGGUUCUUGCAGGUUCCCCCGACCCCUCCCUCGUCCCGGCUAUGUCUGGCUGCAACGCUGCGGAGGGAAACUGUUGCACGCGGCGGGGCGGCGUGCAGGACAAGGAACAUCCAAGAUACCUGAUCCCAGAGCUUUGCAAACAAUUCUACCAUUUGGGCUGGGUCACUGGGACUGGAGGAGGAAUUAGCUUGAAGCAUGGCAAUGAAAUCUACAUUGCACCUUCAGGAGUGCAGAAGGAGCGGAUACAGCCUGAAGACAUGUUUGUCUGUGACAUAAAUGAACAGGACAUAAGUGGACCUCCACCAUCUAAGAAGCUAAAAAAAAGCCAGUGUACUCCUCUUUUUAUGAAUGCUUACACAAUGAGAGGUGCAGGGGCAGUGAUUCAUACCCACUCCAAAGCAGCCGUCAUGGCCUCCCUGCUCUUCCCAGGACGGGAGUUUAAAAUUACACAUCAGGAGAUGAUAAAAGGAAUAAGGAAGUGUACCUCAGGCGGGUAUUACAGAUAUGAUGAUAUGUUAGUGGUCCCCAUUAUUGAGAAUACACCUGAAGAGAAAGACCUCAAAGAACGAAUGGCUCGUGCAAUGGACGAAUACCCAGACUCCUGUGCAGUGCUAGUCAGACGCCAUGGAGUGUACGUCUGGGGAGAGACAUGGGAAAAGGCGAAAACCAUGUGUGAGUGUUAUGACUAUUUGUUUGAUAUUGCUGUAUCAAUGAAGACAGUGGGACUGGAUCCCACACAGCUUCCAGUUGGAGAGAAUGGAAUUGCAUAAGCCCCAUGGAAGUUGAAUUGUAUAAAGAUAAAGUUUAUCUUAAUUAUUACGUAAAUGAAACUGGACUGAUUUCUUUAAUGAAUAUAAGUCUUUCCAGAAUCUCAGUUUGUCAUUAAGCACUGUGGAUUAUCACCCUGAAUCUCUUCUAGUAGUGUAUGAUUUUUCUUAUAUUCUUGUAAUUUUAAAUAAUGCAAUGGAAUAACUAUUUUAUAAUAAAUGCUUUUAUGUUUAUUUUUAA